AUGGCUCAAAUGAUCCAUGGCUUCAUCAUUCUUUUUGCUUUGUUCCUUCUAGUCGUAGCCCUCACAAUGAGCCCUGCCUUUGCUGAACAACCGGACCAAGGCGAAGGUGAAGGCCUUACUCUAGAGCUCAUCCAUAGAUACUCCAUCCACUCCCCACUGUACUCCCCCAAUCUCACGACGGCUGAAAAGAUCAAACAGCUCAUCAAGAUCUCCGACCGCCGAUCUCUUGAGAUCGGUUUGUCGCUGGCCAACAAGUCCCGCAUGAUGGGGGUGCGGCCCGUCGUGGCGCACAACAACUGGGUGUACAUGGUGAAGCUCGGCAUAGGGACCCCUCCGACGUUCACCAACUUGGAUUUUGACACCGGGAGCAGCUUCAUGUGGACGCAGUGCGCGCCGUGCCGCAGGCAGUUUGUGCAGACGCCACCACUGUAUCACCCGAUCCAAUCCAGCACAUACCGUGCACUUCCUUGUGACCACUUCUUCUGUACUGGCCUUCCCUGCAUCGGUAACCUGUGCCACUAUGAUCUCUCGUACAUUGACGGCACCAACACUAAAGGGUACCUAGUGGCAGAUCGCUUCACGUUCGCAUCCAAUCUUGGCAACCGUUCGGAGGUAGUCAACAACGUGGUCUUCGGUUGCUCCAAAGAGAGCAGCCCGGACAUGUAUCCCCAUGGCACGGCAGUUAGUGGGAUCAUCGGCAUGGGCACCGACGCACGGUCCUUCCUGAUGCAGCUUGGAGACCGAGCAAAAGGCCGCUUCUCGUACUGCCUAGUCCCUCUAGAACACACUGGCCACAGCUACCUUCGAUUUGGAACCGACAUCGAACAUAUAAGACAUGCACAAACCACACCUCUCCUAUCACAUCACAACAGCGAUCAUUAUUUUCUCGACCUUGAGGAUCUCAGCGUCAACGGUCGGUUGCUUCAUCUGCCCUCAGAUACUUUCAAGAUAAACCCCGACGGAACAGGCGGUUGCCUCAUAGACACGGGUGCGUGGAUCAAUCUCAUGGUCAAGAACGCAUUCAACGCUUUGGUUCAUUCUUUGGAGGAGCAUUUUCAAAGGCAUAACCUUAGAAAGGUUAAGGAUCCGCAUCAAACGAAUUUGAGACUGUGUUACAAAAAGCCGAGGGGGUUCUCAUCAUACCCGGCCAUCGGGUUUCACCUCCGAGGAUCUGUUCUUCGGCCGAAGCCCAAGAACUUCUUCUACGUCAAUGAAGCGGAGGGUAGGUUCUGUUUGUCCAUUAAGGAAGCACAGCGUACAAUCAUCGGGACUUUUCUGCAGCAAAACCACCGGAUGGUGUUCGACAUUCGAAAGCGCCGGCUAACAUUUGCCGAAGAGAAUUGUGCUCGGGAUUGA